AAUUCGCAAAAUAGACUAUUUUUAUUUCUCCCUCAACACCCGUGCAGAAUGGAGUUUAACGUGCAGCGUGCCGAGCGGACGCUAUCAUUGCUUACCAGUACGUACCUGGCCAACACAGAUGCCGUGGCAGCGAACCUGGGUCUGGUGAUCGAGACGUUCCAGUCGCAGAAUCUCCUGGGGUUCACUGGCGCGCACACAGCACCGGCCGAGGUGGUGAAGCGCUACGAGGGCACAGUGCACAAGUGGCUGACGCGGAUCAACUCGUUGGCGACUGGUAAGACGUCCGAGUCGCGCCUAGCAGGCGUGCUCCUGAUGAAGUACACGGCCGAGCAGUCGCCGAAAAUAUUUGUCGAGAAUGCGUCGAAAUGGAUGGCGAGUCUGCUGGCGAUCCUGGGCAAGAGCGAGGUCGACCCGGUCUACGAGGCCACGAUGGAGACUUUGGUGGGGUUCCUGGAUGUGGUGCGCGAGGUGCCGGAAUUGCAACGGGACGUAGCGGCAGCGCAGGUGCCGCGCGUAAACCAGACGGUGUUGGCGCUGGCUGAGAAGAACUCGGAGCUGGUGAACUGGUUCCCGACGCUGUUCCGGCCGUCGAUCGACAAGACAGUCAAGUUGUGCUUAAAGUACUUGACCGGUGAGACGGCGGGCGGCAAAAUGACGGUGGAGGAGCGGUGGUUCGAGUACAUGCAGCUGACGAUGGGCACGAUUGACUGGUGCAUUGACCAUAUUAUGUGUGUGGAUGCAGGGGCGCCCGAGUCCGAGCGCAGGGAGUUUGGCGAUCUGCCGAAGCUUUCGAGCGACUUCAUGGCCUCGAUCCCACAGGCAGUCGACCGCAUCACAGGCAUGGUGGAGCUGUUCACCGCCCUGCUUACACGGCCGACCAGCGCCAAUAUCGCGGUGCCCAUCGAGCUGAUUGUCGAGACGAUCUCGCGGCUGGCGUUUGUCCCACUGCGCAUCGCCAAUGCCAAAACGGACCGGGCGGAGUACUCCUUGGUGCCGCUGCUGGCGCCGCGAAUUCAUAUGGCGGCAGUCCACAUGCUGGCCGCGCUGGCGGUUGCGCUGGGCGACUAUCUGCAGCCAUUCCUGGGCGGGAUUGCGCGCACAGUGGCGGUGAUCAACUCGAAGCUGAUGGGCAGCGCGGCAACGCAGACGGCGGUGUUUGCGCUGAUCCAGCUGUAUGUUGAGCGGUUCGGGUUCGGAUUCGAGUUUGUGGCGCACAUUGUCAGCAGCACAAAUGUGCGUGGGCAGCAGCAACGCGCAGCCCCCGCGCCAGCCGCGUCCAAGGCAUCGCGCAAACGCGGCAGCAAACAGGUGGUUGAGGAGGAGUCCGGGAGCGCCGAGUCAUUGGAGUACGCAUUAGUGCAGCUGAAUUCGGUCAACCACAGCGCGCUGUGUGUUGUCACGGCUAUCCUUGUCAACGCGCCGACGGCAUUCACGACGGUGCAGCGCACGCAGAUCGACGGGCAGCUUUUGACGCUUCUGCUGCUGCAGACGGUCAACCAUGACCGGACGGUGUUUGCCGGGCGGCAGACGGACGUGGAAUACACGGCACAGCUCUUUGAGUGCCUAUUGGCGUCGGUUCUGUCGCCGGAUCCCUGGCAAAAGGCGAUUGUGCCGCAUCGCCCGAAGAUCCAGUGUGUGUGCACACGGGCUCUGGCGGCGAUUGAGCCGGUGGUCCACGCCAAGCUCCCGGCGCAGAUGCGCGGACCAGCGCCAGAAGAAGAAGUGGAGAUGGACAAGAGCAUGCUGGACGAGCUGGUGCAGCCGCCGCAGCAAAACACGGUUGCGGAGGACGCAAAUGCGCCGAUUCAGGCGAAGCGUGUCAAGCUGGAUGAACCGCUGAUUGAGAAGACAAGGGAAGAGAAGGAGCCUGCUACUGCUGCUGAUCUCCCGGCAAAGAAGAGCAGCCAGUCUGAGCCAGCAGCCAAAAAGCCAGUAGAGUCGGCGCUGCCCAAGCUGCCGGCCGUGCCAACAUUCAAGCCAGCGGCCAGCGGUACGCCAGCAAACACAAGCGCUUCAACGAAGGAGGAAGAGAGUGACGGGGAGGAGUUCCCGGACAUCGUCAUGGAGGGAUCGGACUCGGAGGACGAGGACUAGAUGAGAAUUUUUUUAGUGUUGUUGGCCACAAUGUAAUCAG